UGCUCGAGCGUUUGAUCUUAAACUAUAAAUGUUUGUUUUGAAAAUACGUAUAAAUAUCUUCGGUACUCUCGCUGGUUGUAGAAAAUGGCUGCGUGGGUCGGAUUUUCAGACGAGGAGCUGCGAAAGAUGCAGCACAAAGGUGGAAACUCGUCAGCUGAAGCCGUUCCUGCCGCACUUGGUCGGGGACGGAAACCCGCUCCUACGAACCGAAGCAGGCAGCAGCUACAGCGGGAGAGAGCGUUGCAGUUAGCCGCUCAGCAGAAGGAUGUCAACAGCUCGCUACCACCCGAGCAACAGCUUACAAAACCUCGCGUGGAACCUGUUCCCACCGACUCUGCGCCAAAGCAAUCUACCCUAAAACAGCCAGCACCUACUGAUGGGAAGGAUGGAGAUCCGAAACAGAAGGAGCCUCAGCCAGUUAAGCAAGACCCUCAGCCACAGAUGGCAGCACCAGAACCUGUGGAAGAGCCACCUGUGGUAGUCAAGGAGCUGGACAAAGAGGAAGUGGAACUGCGAGAGAAGAAUCGUCUGCAGCAGCUCCAGUGGGAACAGCGCAUGAUGGAAGAGAAGAAUAAAAAAAGGAAAGCUCUUCUUGCAAAGACCAUCGCUGAAAAGUCAAAACAGACACAGGCUGAAGCGAUGAAGCUGAAGAAGAUCCAGAAAGAGCUUCAGGUUCUGGAUGAUUCUGUGUCCAAUGACAUUGGUAUUCUGAGGAAGCUGAUAGAACAAGCCAGUCUGGAAUAUUCCACUGCAUGGAAGCGCUUUGAGAAGGCAGAGUCGGAGUACGUGGCAGCUAAGCUAGACCUCCACAGGAAGACGGAGGUGAAAGAGCAGCUGACGGAGCACCUUUGCGCCAUCAUACAGCAAAACGAACUUCGUAAGGCCAUGAAGCUGGAGGAGCUGAUGCAGCAAUUGGAAGUCCAAGCUGAGGAUGGGUCCCCAGAGAGCUCAGGCGCCCAGAACACGGAGGACAGACAAGGGGAGAUGGCUACGCAGCCUCCCCAGGAGAACGGCCUUGCAUUGGACCCAGGUGGCGGCCCAGACGGGGACGAUGUCACCGCAAACGAGGACUGCGCCCCAGCCGAACCAAAGCAAAACCAAGACCAACAGGAAAGUAAAGCACAAAGUGCCCCCACAGAAGAGAAGAGUCAGCCCUCAGUAUCUGUGUCAUGAGAUCUGUUUUACAUCUGUGAUGACUUCUGAAAGAUUUUCAUCAGCACUACAUCAGGGUUUAUGAUGAUAACCAAACUGUACAAUGAACAAAUGUAGCUUUAUUAAAUGGCAUCGCAAAGCCUUUCAAAAUCACAUUGGGCUGGCUGAUCGGACAGUUCAGUGCUUUUGAAAUGCGCAAACACUCCUUCAUUAUUACAGACUCGGUAUGGAAAAAUCAAUAUCAUUUUUCGGGCAGGAUGGUUUUGAGAUGAAACAUCACCCUGCAGCUACUUCUUUAAUUCUAGGCAGUCUGGUAUAGACUCCAUCA